ACUAAAAAAAAGAUCUCAACAAUCAACACCUUCUGGAUUUUUGAUUUCGAACUAAUGAUGCGACGUAUUUUGUUGGAGCUUCUGAUCAGCUGCUUUUAAAAGUUCCAUAAUUAUGGUUUUUAGUUGAUAAUAAUGAUGAUAAGAUAUAAAAUGCUAUUCUUAUACGUUAGGAAAACCAUCCACGUCAAUUUCUAUAUUCUCAACAAAUCAACGACAACAUUAUUCAUGUUUGAUUGAUUGAUCAAUAAUCCAAUGGACCAAACCUGACAAAAAUGUUCAAAAUAUUUCGAAUACUUCAUCGAAAUAAUUUUUUCCUAUUCGAUAUGUAUAUAUUUUUAACAUUGUUUACCUAUGGCAUACAAAUAAUAACGACAAAUUUAUUGUUACAAGAUAAAAUAUGUCGUCUCCAUUAUAAUCAAAGUCAAUUUUUCUGUCAACAUAUAAAUGAAGAUAUUUUCGAAGGUGAUGAUAAAAUCAUUAAAGAUCGAAUCCUUUCUUCGGCCGCAUUAUUCAAUAAUUACAGCAAUCUAAUACAGGCUAUACCAAUGUUUAUUUGGUCACUAUUUUUCGGUUCUUUUUUGGAUCGACAAACCGGUGCAACCAGAAUGAUAUUUGCAUGGAUCAGCUUACUUAGUGUAUUUACCGCUAUUUUUUAUCUGGUCAAUAUUUUCGAUUUCUCCAUUGAUCCAUACAUUUUAUUAUUCACUGGAAUAACCGGAUAUUUGACUGGUGGUAUGGCUACAUUUUUAACUGUAACGCAUCGUUAUAUGAUUAUCAAUACUGAUCAAGAAUAUCGUACUUUAAGAUUCACUAUAUUUCAAAUUUACCUGAUAGUUGCUGUAUCAUUGGGUUCAUUACUUGGUGGUCAUCUGAUUUGGCUUGUUUCAGAUCGUGGCGAAUUAUUACGAAAUUAUGAUCUCAACAUGUGGAUCGUUUUAGCCUUACAAGUUUUUUCUUUUAUCAUGAUUUUAGUUAUUGGUAUCGAUCGAAAAGAAGAUCCAAAUCUAUCAGAAAUUCAUAGAGAUGUUGAUAAAACUAUCAUUGAUCAGAUUGAUGAAUCGAAUCCUGAAUUGAAUAGUGAUCGAAAUCGAUCUUAUUCUUUCAAUUCCUACACGAAUAUAACAAAUAUGAGCAAAUAUCGAUUACGUUCUCAUAUAAACUAUACAUGUCGUUCAUUCUUCGAUGUUGGAAAUGUUCGGCAAACAUUUCGAUGUCUUAUUCAGCCUAGAAUGAAUAGAAUACGUGAACAAAUUAUGUUGCUGAUCUUAUUGUUAUUUCUACAAUUUCUCAAUAGUUAUGGUAUGGAUUCAAUGUUUUUGCAAUUUUCACAAAAAGUCUAUCAUUUCGAUUCAAAGACCUAUUCAAAUGUAUCAGCGUUGUCUAAAGUGAUACCAAGCAUUGCCUUAUUGAUAAGCUCACAUAUCCUAGUCAAUCGUCUCAACUGGAAAGAUGGUACUAUUUUGACAGUAACAUUUUCUACUGGAUUCAUCAGCCAAGUUUUGAUUGGUACAUUUGCUACACCUACUGUUUAUCUAGUAGCAUUGGUUAUCGGAUCAAUCAGUGGAUUAUCGGCGGUUGUACUUAAAACGAAAAUUUCCAAAUUAAUUCCCAAAGAUGAAGUUGGUAAAAUUUUCAGUGUUAUUUCGACAAUCGAAUCAUUGGUACCAUUUCUUGGCACAUUAAUAUUUUCCACCAUAUUUUCGGCCAGUGUUUCAACAUAUCCUACCCUUAUUUAUCAUGUUUCUGCUGCCAUGACCUUGCUAGGUCUAAUAUUGGCGCUAUUUCAGGAUUUAUAUUUUCAUGAUUAAAAUAUGAAAAAUGAAUUAUUUA